AGACUGUCUAAGAUAUUCAGAAAAAAAAAAACAUUCAAAAAAUAAAAUUGCUAUUUAAAAAAUCUGUAUCAGGCUAUCAGCUGUCGAAACCAAAAAAAAUCUUGCACACGAGUUUUGCCAUAGAAAUGAAAAAAAAAAUAACACUAUAAACUGUUGUUUAUGACAGUCAUAUGACCUCCACCAUGGAAGAGAAUCAAAAUUUUGACAGCGAUUUGUGGAGAAAAUGGAGCAGAGAGGAACUGGAUUACCAGUAUAGCCCAUCUCGCUGGUCCAAACAAGGAACUCCAGAACAAGUCAUCAAUCACCAUGUUAAGUGGACAGCAGAAGAGAGUAAAAAAGUUCGUGAUAACAUUGAAUGCGAGUUGAAUAUCUCGUAUGGACUGACCAAUGGGCAGAAGAUGGACAUAUUUGGUGCCAAUACAUUACCUGGGGAGGCCCCCAUAUUUGUAUUCAUUCAUGGAGGAUACUGGCAGGCUAUGAGUAAAGAUGACCAUAGUUAUGUGGCCCACCCCCUGACCAAAGCUGGAGCAGUGACAAUCUUACUGGAAUACACUUUGGCACCUAAAGCAAAUAUUGAAACAAUUGUGGCCGAGGUGCAGCAGGGGAUGAAGUUUAUUCUAAACAUGGCUAAGCGUCGACAGUCAAGGGGUGUUUAUCUCUGUGGUCACUCAGCAGGAGGACAGCUGGCGGCCAUGUUACUCUCAGUUGACUGGAUGUCAGAAUGUAUGGUCUCUAAUUCCGUCAUCAAAGGUGCUAUACUUAUUAGUGGAGUAUUUGACCUAAGACCUCUGGUACCCUCUCCAAUUAAUGAUCCCCUGAAGAUGACUGAGACCUCUUCCUGGGAGAACAGUCCUAUGAAGGUGAUGGGGGAUAUCAUUAAUCGUAGUAAAAACAGGAAAAUAAUCCUAGCAGUGGCAGAGGAUGACCCAAAAGAAUUCCACAGACAAACACACCAAGCAUUCCAGGUCCUGAUGGCCACUGAUAUCACCACAGACUGUGUGAUAAGUCCAGGAGUUGAUCAUUUUGGAAUUGUGGAGAAAUUACUGUAUGAAGACUUCCACCUGACGCAGAUGGCAGUUGAGAUGAUGAAUCUGAAUAUUGCAGAAAUUGACAAACAAAUGCAGAAAACAGCUGUUUAGAAGGUUUGAAGAUGUGUUUGUAAGCUAACACUAUGGACUAAUCCUGUAAAUUUAUUUUGCUACAAUAUAAAUAUACAAAUAUG